GUUAAAUUGUUUGUUUGCAAUGAAUUCCAAAGAAGAUCCAAAUACUCGGCAGGCCUCAUAUUCGGGUGACUCCUACAUAGAACGCUUUCCGGAACAACAGAAGAUUACCAAGCGCAAUGUCAUUACAUCUGAAAAUGAACCGAGUUCCUUUAUUGAGAAGGUUUUGUGGCUUCUGUCGGUUGUUUUAAUGGUCAUCACAUUUCCCAUCUCCAUAUUCCUAUGUUUGGUCAUAUUGCAAGAGUAUCAGCGUGCGGUUAUUUUACGAUUGGGACGUCUACGUCCGGGCAAAGCACGUGGUCCGGGAAUGAUUUUUAUCUUACCGUGCAUUGAUACGUACACAAAAGUGGAUUUACGUACCGCUUCAUUUGAUGUUCCACCACAGGAAAUACUUACCAAAGAUUCAGUGACCAUCAGUGUGGAUGCGGUGGUCUAUUAUAGAAUUAGCCAACCACUGGAUGCAGUCCUACAAGUGGUGGAUCCACGUGACGCCACCCAAAUGCUGGCGAUGACAACAUUGAGAAAUGUAUCUGGCACUCAUAUGUUGAUGGAAUUGCUCACAACCAAAGAGAUGUUGUCCAAACAAAUUGAAUGGGUACUUGACAGUGCCACCGAACCGUGGGGUGUUCGCGUGGAACGUGUAGAGAUCAAGGAGAUAUAUAUGCCAGACCAACUGCAGCGGGCAAUGGCCGUAGAGCAGGAGGCGGCACGCGAAGCAAAAGCCAAGGUGGCAGCGGCUCAGGGUGAACGUGAUGCAGUCAAGGCUCUCAAAGAGGCAGCCGAUAUUAUGGAGUCCAAUCCAAUUGCCUUGCAGCUACGUUACCUUCAGACUCUCAAUACAAUAGCCAAUACAAAUACCAAAGCCUAUGUCUUUCCAUUUCCAGUAGACAUAAUAAAAAAAGUGUUUAAGUAAUAUUCCGAAA